AUGAAGAUGCAAGCAUUCCAAUAUAUCGUUCAGUGCUUAUUAAAAGAGAUAGAGAAAUAUCAAAUUGAUGCACAAUAUGUUCUCCCCGAUUUUAAAGGCUGAGAUUUAGGAAAACUUAAAGAAUGGUGGGAAUGUGCAAGUAAUGCUUUUAGAGAUAAUAAAAAUCUACUGUGCUUGACAAAACUAUUAUAUGAAGUUUGAAGGAUAAUUCUAGUACUGGAAUCUGAACCUUUUACUCCUGAAGACUAUAACUUUGUUAGGAGCGCAAUUCACUGCUAUCUUAAGGACAACUUUAAUUCUGAAUUUCCAGAAAUGAUGAGAAAUUUAUAUGAGAAAAUAGAGAAAGGGAUUGAAAGCUCGAUUUCAUUAGAAAAUAUUUCAAAAUGAUUAGAAAUAAUAACUAAAGUCAAAGCUGAAAUUGGAAAGGAAAAAGCUUUCUUGCUUAUAAAAUUGAUAGAAAGUCGGGUUUAUUUUUUGUGUAAAGAAGGCAUUAAAAAUAACCCAAGAAGCAUAUUAGAAUUCUUGAUGCGAUCAGAAAUUGCUGAUCAGAUUGAUGUCAAUGAUUUGAUGCAAGUUACAAAUUUAAUGAGGUAUUUAAUGCAUAGUGCCUCUCCCAAAAAAAGGGAUUUGGUCUACCAACUAGUGACUUUAUGGGAAAUCAUAUUAUUUAAAAGGCGCAUCAUAUGAGUAAGCAUUAUAAUGUGAUGAGCCACCAGUUCGACUGCAUGUCUCACCGACGAGUUUGCCAUUGCUUUUGUCAGAUCUGCUUCUACGCGUGCUCGGCCGAAGAGUCACCUUUCUGGAUGUGCAUAG